AGGAAGGUGCGUGAUAUGAGCGCAUCGAUCAGCAGCCACGCUCUCCGCCUGCGUGUUUACUGGAGGGAGGUGCCACCGGACACACACGGCUAAUAAAUAGGCACGACACUCCUGAAAACCCAUCACGAUCAAAAAGAGAGAAAAAAACCCAACAACAACAACAACAACAAAAAACCCAUCAAAGGUCCCAUUGUGUGUUGGUGCGUCUGCUGAAGCUCCACAAUGCGCGUGCUUAUUUGGCGUCUUCUCCUCCUCGCAUCGGUUUGGAGCACGUGCACCGGUGCAGCAAAUUGGUGCUACCAGUCCCAGGUGGCCUGUGAUUCAUCCUGCAAAGGACCAGAUUCUUGGCAUGAGCUGCAUGAAGACUGCAUGAAGAACAGACAGUCACCUAUCAACAUAGUGACCAGGAAAACCAAGCUGGACCACAAACUCACUCCGCUCAUAUUCAGAGGCUACCAAGAGGUCUUCAAUGGCAUCCUGAAAAACAACGGACACUCUGUGAAGGUAUCUGUGUCACAUCAGGCCAAUGUGAGUGGGGGGGACCUCGGAGCCACUUACAAAGCCGUGCAGUUUCACUUCCACUGGGGACAACAAGGAGGCCCCGGGUCUGAACACACUAUCGAUGGAGAGCAGUACCCCAUGGAGAUGCAUAUUGUUCAUAUGAGGCAGGAUUUUAAAUCAUUGGAAGAAGCUCUGAAGGACCCAACUGGAGUGGCGGUGCUGGGAUUCUUUUAUGAGGAAUCAAGGAGUGCAAACAGAAAGUAUGACAUACUCAUACAAGCUUUAACAAAAGUGGAACAUCCUGAUACAAAUACAACGCUCAAUGCUAUCUCCCUGAGCAGUCUAAUAUCCAGUGAGGAGAACAUGACCAAGUAUUAUCGUUAUGAAGGCUCUCUGACCACCCCUUCCUGCACUGAGGCAGUGGUAUGGACUGUAUUUGAACAUCCCAUCCCACUGAGCAAAGAGCAGCUCUCAGCAUUCUCCUCCUUGAAGUUCACCGAUGGUAAGCCCAUGAUAAAAACCUUCAGACCAGUGCAACCAUACAAGGGCCGUACUGUGCACCGCUCUGGCAGCACUGUAGUCAUGAUCAGCUUCACUCUUCUCCUGGUUUGUUCAGCUCUGGGCCUUUCCCAGCUCUACUAGAGGAUGAGCCGUACCCCAAUCCAGCAACAACACACACAGAAUCGAAAAGCCAAAUGGAUUGACAGACACAUCUGUAUGUGCAUAUCCCAAUGAAUGCACUUAUGUUUUGGCCUCCAUCUCGGAGGUGAGACUUCAUUUUCACAUAGGCGCAUAACAUACUGGUAUUUUGGAUGGCUUCUCUGGAACUGUGUUCAUUGCUAUCAAUAGAAACCCAGCUAAGUCCUCUGGAGAGAGACAGAGAGGUUAUGAAUGCAUGGCCUUUAUCUAUUUGAGGCACAGCCAAACUGGAGCCUCAUGCGCACACACACAUGCACGAGCAGUCAGCAUGUGGACAUUUGUCUGUCAACAUAAAGUAAUGAUAUUAUUUAUAGGUUAGAUUUGUACGCGCACACACACACAGAGCUGAAGAAUGAUGAACACCUCACUGGGAUGUUCUGAGUUUUAGUGUCAUUUCUGAACCGAGCAACAUCAUGAAUUACAGGUCACAGACCAAAACAGUGAUGCAGGCCAUAAUGGGGAAAACUAUUACAGUCAUGUACACACGAUAUACAGUGCCCUCCACUAAUAUUGGCAACCUUGGUAAAUAUGAGCAAUUAAUGGUCUCAGAUCCCUUGCCAUGUAUUCUCCAACCUCAUCAGGCAUUAUAGGAGAAGAUUCAGAGCUGAUAUCUUGGCAAAGGGAGGUAGCACAAAGUAUUGACUAAAAGGGCGCCAAUAACUGUUGCACACCUAUAUUUAACAAAGAGGUUUUUUGAUUUGCAAUUGUUUGAUAUCCAUGAGAGCAGAAUAUUUUUGUGAAUUUUUUUAACAAAAUAUCACAAGGUUAAACAAUAAAGACAAUUUUUAACAGCCUUCUUGGCUCAUAUUUACCAAGGGUGACAAUAUUAAUGGACAGCACUGUAUAUACAGUCCCCUUCUGAAACUAUCGGAAUGGCAAGGCCAAUGAACUUGUUUUUGCUAUACACCAAAGACAUUUGGGUUUGAGAUGAAAAGACGAAUAUGAGACGAGAGUCAUCAACUAUUGUUUUCCUUGGCUGACCCAUAUGGUGUCUGUUGCUCAGUACACCAGUGGUUUCUUUCUUUUUCUGGACAUUCCUAAUUGGCUAUGCCCAAUGCCUCUGAUUGAUUUUCCCUCUUCUGUCAGCUUUAAAAUGGCUCGAUUUUCUCCCAUAGACAGCUCUCUGAUCUUCAUGUUGGCUUAUCCUUUUUACCCCAAACGCAGUCUUCACCAAGAGUAGAUGUUCAGAGCUAUUCAUUAUUUACACAAUCAAUCAACCAGGACACACCUGGGUAACAAGAAAUGCCUGUCAGUCACAUGUUCCAAUAUUUUUGCACACCUACAAAUUGGGUGGUCUGAUACAAAAUGUGCUACGUUAUAUGUUGUUUAACACAUCUACAUUUAAAUACCAGGAAAUAAAAACUGAAAUUCUAAACUCUCUUCUCGUGUUCAUCUUCUGAUCUCAAACCAUUUGGGUCUUCAGCAUACAGCAAUAACAAAUGAAUUGGUGUUUCUUUUCCAGUAGUUUCAGAGGGGACUGUAAGGAACUUUCUUUCUUUGCGCAAGACUUCAGAACAGCAUUCUGACCAAAAAAAAAAACAACAAAAAAUUCAAAGCAUUUCCUGAAAAUCUGAAAUUAUUACAAGCUAUAAUUAGAUUCCCGUGGGGUUUUUUGUUUGUUUGUUUGUUUUUAAAUUAUUUUUACAGUAAUUAUUUUAGUGAUCAUCUAUCUUGGGAUGGCACGUAAGUCUUAAAAAAACCAAACAUUUCCUCAGUGUCAUGACAGAAAGUGGUGUCAUUAGCAUGUCAUAUUUUGACAUUUUUAGCAUUGUGAACAGCAAUUUCAUUAGGACGUAAGGCCGUCAGAAACUGUAGAUGCCAACACCCAAGUCAUUUACUUCCUCAUAGACAAUGCACCAACAAGCAAAGGAACUCUGGACUCAAGCGUUUUUAGAAUACCUCUAUUUGUUAUAGCCAGUUCAGCUCAGUAACAUCAGAACUGAAUUAUCUGCUAAACCUGAAUUAACAGCAAGCCAGUUAGACAACUCAGCAGCUAGCUAAUAUAGGUAAUGUUAACUUGUCCAACUAGCAAGAUGGCUGCCUGACUAGCAGGCUAAUAGUUAUAUAAUAGAACAUAGAAACAAUUUGCAAUAUUGCUACUAUAUAUCAACUGUCAUUUAGCAAGACAAGCCCAGGCACUAAUUCAAACUAGCUAAUGCUACUAGCAAACAUUUAGGUAUUGAUUCAAACCUGACAAUACAUCACCUCAAGAGUUUUUACCGAGCAGCAUAGUCCAAAUCUACCAUAAGUGUUCUGUCCCUAAUGUGGCAUACAGUCACUUUUUAAAUUCCAAGCUGAAGAGAUUUUACUUUUUAGAUGGUGGUUGGAGAUCAUAAGGCACCACAGCAGUUUUUUACCAUUGUGGAAAUAACUUUCAACGCUAUCAAAAAAUGCCACAGUGUGGUCUUGUUAGCUUCUUAGAUGAAAGCAGGUCAGCUAAAAAUAACCAAAAGUGGUGCAAGUGUUACAAAAAAAAAAUCAUAAUCCAAGUCAUGGAUCAAGACUGGAAAAUACACUGUGUCUCAUUCACCCAUUCACACACACACACACACACCGCUGGGAGCAGAGCUGCCAUGCAAGGUGCUAACUUGCCAUCGAGAGCAAUAACAUAUAAUGCAAUUAUAUAUAAAUAGCCACAAUAACCACAUUUCUUAUCUUAUUGUCUCUCAUAGGGGGCCUUCAUACUUCUCAGUAGCAUCUGUAUAAAUUGAGAUUAUUUAUAAUCAUUCUUAACAAGUACAGAUGUUCAAAGUAUUACUCAGAAUCAUCACCCAUUGAGCCAGAGAUUAAUUUUAGGAAUGGUCCGAUCCUAACUCCAAUUUUCUACAUUUGCGUCUAUGAAUAUUUCCCCAGACAGCUGAUGCAUUUUAAUUUUGAAGCUGUUUUGCUACUAAUCCCCGAAGCUUCAUCAGACCUACUACUGUAAUACACUUUGCACAUCUAAUGGUCUCUCUUCCAGAGUGAAGUGGCUGAUUUAUUUGUUUUUCCCCCCACAUGACCACAUGAUAGGAUUACAUGAGCAGUGUUCAUGUUCAUGUUCAGCUUUCUGCAGGUCUCAGAAGCCCUGAAUGUGAUUGUACAGUGAAUCUUUUGGGAAAAAUAUUUAAUUGCUAGGAUUUGUAGGAAAAAGGGCAUAGAAGACCAAAGCAUCAGUAUGAUAUAAAGACACACAUAAUUCUUGUUUCUUUUUCUAUUGUGUUAUUUGUACACCUUUAAUGUAUUUAUUUUUGUGUAUGUUAAUAUGUAGAGCACUGUUCUAAUCGGUGAUGUUAUUUGUACCAAUGUCUGAGCAUUUUCGACAAAGUUCAGUAAAUCCUAUGGAAAUUGAGGAAAAUUGAAAAUGUGAUUGCUGUUUUGUGAUUUAGUUCAUGCAAGAUAUUCGAAUGAUAUUCUCUGUAAAUGUGUAUUUAAAUAUAUAAAGUGAUUAUAUAUGAUGCUGAUCAUUAAGGAGAGAUAUAUGAAAAAUGAAAAUGAAACAGAGUUCUGAAUUCAAUAAUGGACCAGAGGCCUUUUAUUGCUUCAAAUUGAAAGACUUUUUCUAAAUUUCACUCAUAUUAAAAAGUAAAUGGAUUGUCCAUGUGUAGGAAUACCAUAAGAUAAAACAUCAUGCCUGGAAUAAAAAAAAAAAUAAAAUUAAUAUUAAAAAGUUAAAUAAAAGGAAUCUAAAAAAUUUUAAGCUAUUUUUGCUGGUGUUUGCUGGAGUCUGGCACAUUUUUUUUAAUUUGGGAUUUUGCACAGAAAAUUUGCAUAGAAAUACCAGAGACAUGCUACACUGAAAAUGUCAAAUAGUCUCGAGAGGAACAGGAAUCAGAAUCCUGGUUUAUGUUAAAUUACAGCUAUGGUCUCAAGUGAGUGUGAGGUGAUUUUGAGGUGUUACAUCAUUUAUUUACUUAAAGGCAGCCUUAAGAUGACUAUCCAUGAAUGUGGACACUACACAUGAAAGGGUUAAAUAGCCAUAUGCUUAAAUAAACACAAAUUAUUCAUAAUAAUGAAAGCACAUUUUGUAUAUAGCUAUUUUAUACAAUGUCACGUAAAUACAUACCUACUAAUAUGUGUAAUAACAAUAAAUUGUUUAAUGGA